GUCAGAAUGGAUAAUCCCAGCGAUGAAGAAAGCUACAGAGAGGAAUUUAGUGAAGCAGAAGAAAGUGAAAUAGAUUUCACAGACAUGGACGACGUUACUGGUCGGAGAGAAGCCCAGGAGUUACUUGAUGAGAUGAUAAUACAAGAACCUAACGAUGAAGAGCUUGAGAAUACAGAGAGGAGCGCACGGUUAUCCAUAUUACAGAUGCUUCUUAGUAACGCAAGGGCAGGUGGCGAUAGGAGAGUUUACGUUGUCGAUAAUGACGAAGAUGAUGACGAUUACAUGUGGUAUCCCCGUAUGAGAAGGGAUAGAUACACUCCUACUCCCUCUACCGUACAAGACGAAGGUGUUAAACUCACAAAGAGUGGUAUGUUUGGUUAUAUACCGAAAUACACCAGCCUACAGAAAGCUAUCAAAGAUCGUACGGCGACUUUUAACCGUUUUAGACCAAGUUAUUUAGGUUUGAUACCUAAUUCUAGUGGCACUGUCGUUGCCAGGAGCAGUGCUCCAGUCUAUUCUGGUGAAUACAGCAAUGAUGGCCAAUUGUUUUAUACCGCAGAUAGGAAUUUCAAUAUCAACAUUUAUAAGCCUAACGAGCCACUCCGGUCAGCGCAUUCCGGAAUGGAAAACAUUGACAAUAAUUAUAGCGAGGAACAUGCAACAACUAUGUCGCAUCUUUCUAGAAUCACAGGAAAUUACUCCGGAUGGACAAUAACAGACAGUCAUUUAUCGACUGACAACCAGUGGCUUAUAUAUUCUCGAAUAAGUCCAACAGCACAUCUUGUCAAACUGGGUGAUCCUGAUAAUCGCCAGAUACCUCUAUCGUUCAGCGAUGAUGGUAUGGGUGACUAUGGUUAUGGAUAUGGUAUCUGGUCGUUGAGAUUCUCUAGCGAUUGUCGCGAGAUAGUAGCUGGUGCUGCUGACGGCACAAUGUAUGUGUAUGACGUCGAAGCCAGGAAGCGAACACUCGCUCUAGAUGGUCACAACGAGGACACAAACGCAGUAUGCUUUGCUGAUGUCACUUCAAAUAUUUGUCUAUCGGGUUCGGAUGACUGUGUUGCUAAAGUUUGGGAUAGGCGAGCGUUAUCACGAAAUGCGAAACCAUCUGGUGUUCUCGUUGGUCAUACUGAAGGAAUCACUUAUGUAUCACCUAAAGGUGACGCUAGACACAUUUUAACAAAUUCAAAGGAUUCAACUAUACGUAUUUGGGAUUUACGCAAGAUGAUUAGUAGUGAUGACUACGAUGAUACCGCUAAGGUUGCUCCACCGGAACAAUUCUCUAUACCUGGUUACGAUUACAGGAGUGCAUUUGUACCAAAACCUGAAUACGAUAAACAUCCACAAGAUCAUUCUUUAGUUACACUACGAGGUCACCUCGUAUCAAGGACUCUAAUUAGAGCUCGUUUCUCACCCGACAGUCUCACUGGUGGACGAUACGUAUAUUCAGGUUCGGCUGAUGGAAAGAUAUACAUAUGGAGCAUUAGUGGUGAGUUAAUUCAAGUAAUUGAUAGAAAAUUAGCUAUGGAUAUGGAAAAUCAUGAGAGUAGGAAAUAUAAUGAUCCUAGUGCACCGGAAUAUUCCAGUGGCAGCUCAAGAAGUGGAAAUCACAAUAGAAGGCCAAUAAUCAGAGAUGUUAGUUGGUCACCAACCGAUUGUAACCUCAUGAGCAGCGCUUGGGAAUGGGAUGAAAGUGGAUCAGUUGCCAGACAUGAUUGGAAGGAACUUAAUAAAAUGAACUACUCACUUGAAAGUUGGGUUGAGAAACUAGAUUCGAAUGUGUAAUUAUAAGAAAUGGAUGUAAAAGUACAAUAAAUUAACGAAUAAUUUGGCAACAAGUUUACUUGCGUGUUUGAUUAAAGAGUUAUCCAUAGAAUAGUUUGAAAAGGAAUGUUAAAGUAGUGGUAUAAGUAUUCUAUUAUGUAAAGUAUCAACAAAUUUCCUCAAUUUGUCGUCUUUUUCUGUUGAUCUUUGAUCCUAUUGUUAUAUUUCUCAGCGAGAUUUUCAAGUACGUCGGCAAUAACGAUUGGGUCAGUUAGUAAAGAGUGAUUUUUGCCAGGUAAAUGCUGUAAUUUACAGCUAACCAUGUUAUCUUCCAUCCAUUUCACAGCCUCGUAGGAUAUCCUAUCAUCCCUGUCUCCCCAGUAUAUAUGAACACGAGCUGUGAUAUCCCUAUAAUCGAAUCCCCAUGGUUUGUUACCUCUAUUGAGUAUGAGCAUCAAAUCAUGAGCUGUUCCACCACCUGAUUGUGAUUCUGCAUGUGAAGCUGCGAGUAAAGCGCUACCAACUGACACCUGCUUCUCAUCACUAGUGGACUCUUGACCAGAUCUUGUGGAGCUAUUUAAUGAAACUUUCCUCGAGCGUUUGAGAUUCUGGGUACUAGACGACCUUUGUGGAGCUUGUGUAGCUGAUAAUGUCUGUACAUUCGGUUGUGAAUGACUUCUCUCAAACACACUCUCAUCAAAUCCAUCAGCUUGGUCGAGAUAAGCGAACUCGUCAAUUACUUCUUCAUCACUUUGCUUAUUCUCAACGCCUUCAUAUUUCAGUUGAGGUGGUUUACCAAUACUCCAGCCAGCCACUCUCCACUCAGCAGCUUGUGCAGCUUUGAGAACGCCAUUUGGGACGUGCUUCAACCACUUCCAAUUACCCUUUGGACUUGCAGAUGGUUGGACCCAAGGUGCAAGCAGCUGAACAGGUUCAAGAAUCCUAUUUGGUGCUGUGUAAGCCAAUGCGAGAGCGUAGGGAGUUCCAGCGGAGUGUGCCAGUAAGGCAACCCUCUUGAUUGCAAGAACGUCAAGUAUCUCGACGAUUACAUUAGCCCAUUCGAUUAGGCCUCUCUUGUCGGAGGUUGAUGGAUCGGUCCGACCUAAACCCCAUCUGUCCACGCAAAUCAAACGUAAAUUGAGUGUAUUCGCGAGAUCUGAAUAUAAGCUAAUCAAAUGUCUUGUACAUCCCAAACCUAGGAAUACUAAGACUGGAUUACCGUCUUUCUUACCGACAUCUGCUAAGGAUACUUGUAGACCAUUGUGAGGGAAUCUUCGAAGUUUUAUAAGACGUGUAAGCCUGGGUGAACGGAGGUAUUGAGCUAUCCAUGAUUUGGAAGCUAACGAAGGAACGGUAUCUAUAUCAAAUUCAUCCUCAUAAGGCUUAUCUAUCACUGGUGUCUUGUUUAUUGAUGGUGUCCUAGUAGAAGAACUAGGUGAUUUGUUAUUUGAAUGAACUGAAUAAGAGGAAUGAGUGUAUGAAGGUUUGUAUAUACCAUUACGCUUCUCAUCGCGGGGCUGAAAACCUUCUAUGUCGAUCUGUAUAUCCUGUUCGUCAUCGUUAUCGCUAUCAUCGUAAUCGAAACCUUCUGAGUGCUUUGAAGAGAGCGAAUGUGAGUGCUCUUUUAUAAUAUCAUGUAUCGACUUUAUAGUUGGUCUAUCGGCAUCUAAUUCACUUCUAGCGUCGGUCAUUGAAGGUGAAUGUGAAGGUGAAGGUGAAGACGCUAAUGUACGAUUUACUGAGGAAUUGUCUGAGGUUAUCCUGGUAUGAGCCAACCUCUCAGCAUCUUUCGAAGCCUGGGUCUCUACUUUCAAUAACGGUGCGUGCAUUUUAACGAUUUCGUCUAUAGAUUUGAUAUUGACUGGUGGUGGUGUAGGUGCCUUGACUACUUUCGUGGGAGAUUGCUGUAGAUUCAUAGUAGGACGUAGAGAUAACCUCUUUAAUUGGGUAUUAGGUGAUUGUUUCGUUGUUUUCUGAGUCGCUGGUCGCUGUAUAUGCCUCGUUUUCGUCGUUUUAAUUUUGUUGACGUUCUCUACUAAAAUAUCCAUUUCUACGGUAGAUGGAGUUAUUAUAUCAUUUAAAUCACCCUCUUCUGAUGAAGAAGUUGACAUUU